CCACAGGAUUUUUUGUUGCAGCAGACAAUGUUAAGAGUAAAGGAUCCGAAGAAGUCACUGGAUUUUUAUACAAGAGUUCUUGGAAUGACACUGCUUCAAAAAUUUGACUUUCCUACUAUGAAGUUCUCGCUCUAUUUCCUGGCGUACGAAGAUAAAAAUGAUAUCCCGAAAGAUAAAACUGAGAGAACAGCUUGGACCUUCUCUAGAAAAGCUACGCUUGAACUGACACACAACUGGGGCACUGAAAAUGAUGAAAAUCAGUCUUAUCACAAUGGCAAUUCAGAUCCCCGAGGAUUUGGACACAUUGGAAUUGCUGUCCCUGAUGUCCAUAAAGCUUGCAAGAGGUUUGAAGAACUAGGAGUGAAAUUUGUGAAGAAACCAGAUGAUGGUAAAAUGAAAGGACUUGCAUUUGUUCAGGAUCCUGAUGGCUACUGGAUUGAAAUUUUGAAUCCUAACCACAUGGUGACUCUCACUUAGUUCUAAUGAAGUACACUAUAUAGGAGAUGCACACUUUCAGUCCCCUGGAGAAAAUCUGUAACAGUGUUUGUGAAAUUCUCGCUUAAUGGAGAGGAAUCAGUCGUGUUCAGAGUCUCCUCUAAAAUUAUCCCCUGGGACCUCAAUGUACUUGAAUUCCUUUUUGUUGUCCUGUGAUGCCACUGCAAUUUGCUUCCAAUUAGGAAUACUCAACCGUAUUUUGGAAGAGCGCUUACACAGGUUCUCCUCUUGAACACUGAUUAUGUUAAUAUUUCAGUAAACUCUCUAAAGAUAUGUGACUAGAAAUUCACUGCAUCUCACACUGUUUAGAUUUAAGCUAACAACAACAAAAAAAUCCUGUGUUACUACCAAUGAUUUUCAACAAGGACGAAAAAACCCUCAAAACUCAGAAUAUUUUUUUUUUUUUCUGAAGUCAAAAGAUCCAGAAGGCUUCAUGCCCUAUCUUGUAUACUAGAAAAUGCAAUGUCAGCCUAACUCUGACUUGAGUAGUAGCAUGUUUAUGAAAGUCCUAAUCUUACUUAUAUUAUGCCAAGCAAAACUCUUUAAGGAGCAGCCUUAAACAGCCUUGCCUGGAACAAGAAACUUUGUGGAGGCAAUAAAUCAGUCCAGCAGAAAGAAUUCAGUCUUUCAGCUUCUGGCUGCUGAUUGACAGCCAAGAGAAGAGGUCUCAUAGUUGCUAACUCACAGUGAUCCUUCAUGUCUCCUCCAACACUAGAGAGCGCUUGCUCAUAAUUUUUGUUUCAAUGAAAGUCUGCAGCUAUAUUUAACUUCAAUGCUCUGUACGUUCCGCAUUAGGAAUUUAAUGAAAAAGAGUAUCUGAAACAACCGUUUCCUACUAGUAGACAUUUUGAUCUGCCCUCUCAAAACGAGUGACGGUUACUGCAAUGAUACCUGUAAGUAGCAGGAAAAUACAUAACAUUUACAUAUGUUACACAAAUUACUUGAUUUUACGUGGUUCCACCUGUUAUGAACAGUGCAAAACAUGUCAAGUUUUGAAAUCCCAUUGUUCCUUCCAACAAGGAAAAAACCCUCUGCCCUCUCUUAUUGUGGUUCAAGCAGCACUUAACUCUUACUAAGUCUUCAGUUAUGUGACUCGAAUAGUGUCAUGGCAUCGCAGUUCACUUCCAAAUAAAGCAUUGGUGCAAACUACAAAAUGGUUUUAAAGCAGUAUGAGCUGUUGCUUUGCUAAUUGUUGAAUCCUAAGAUGCCCGAAAGGCUAUUUGUUUUGGUUCGUGGAUUCUUUUUUGAGAAGAAAUCUGGUGCUAAAAGAUAGAAUAUGAAUUGGGAGUACAGUAGUGAAGAAGAGAACUGUGUGACCCGAUUAGUAGGAUGUUUUAGUAACUUAAUGUGCAGAGUUAAUACUACUGUCAAUAACUCACUGGCUUAUAAGUUAAAACAUAAAUGUAGGAAGUAUUGCAUUUGAUUUCUACUAUGCUAAUGUAGAUGUUAAUGACUUAAAUGCUAAGUGUUACUGUCCUAUCUCUUUAUCUGAAAAAUCCUUAAUUCUGUCUGCCUCAUCUUAACAAGAUAGCUUAUAUAAAUUCAGUAAUUUUACAGAGUUCCACAUGAAAAAUCAUUCAUAAAACUUAAUCUGAGAUAUUUUUUUGUUUACCCUUGGAAAUGAGUAAGAUUGAUUCUAUGCUUCAUCUGAGCCUUAGAUGUUGGAAAAAGGAAUAUGAAAACUUGCUCUGCUUAAUACCCCCUACAGAUGUGCAAGCAAUUGUAACUUCAUUGGAAGGUAGACAUAGUAACUCAAAAGAUAAUCUUUUUUUCAGUUUUCUAUUUGUUACAUGAAGCAACCCCGAUAUUUUAAAUUGUCAUUUGUAUGGUAUUUUCUGGCUGGUCUCUACAGUAUCUACAGAUACUGUGCUUUAGGUGGUGCCUUAUCAGUGUCAGUCAUAUACAGUAGAUACUUUCCCUUCUUGAAUAUUUGCCAAGUCGCCUUUUUGAACAACACUGUUGGUUCAUGGUUGCAUUCUCUAUUUCUGCCCUCCUGUACUUCCAGAACUAAUACCUACCCUGUCCCCUGUCGUCUUCCUUGUGCAGUUGAUUAUUCUCCUGUAUGUUAGGUCAUUUUGAUAGGGACAAUACAGUUACUACUGUUUGGAGUGAGAUCUCCUGAGUAAGUGAGCUGUCACCACAUGAUUUCAGAGUCGUCUUCCUCCCAAAUGUGGGGCUUUUGACAUUGCACCCCCUGUUCCAAGCAGGCUAAUUCAGCUUAAUAAAGUGGCAAGGAUUUUCUUGAUGCUGGGUUAGUUUUAUGCCAAGCUUAUUAAGCAGAAAUGAGGAGCCAGUUCAGGACUCCUUAGAAUGAGUAAAUAAAGCUGUUCUUUUUAGCAGAAAGUUAGGUUGGCUCAGCUGACUCAUGAAACCUCGCCCUACUUUAAAAAAGGUACGCAAUAUUGCAGAAUACCUUACAGCAGCAACUAAGAGAACUCUUAAUUUGAAGACUAUUGUAGUGUAACUUUAGUACAUUAUCUUCUGAAUAGUGCCAAGAAGGAUGAGAACUACAGCAAUGAGGAAAGCACUCAGCUGAUUGCAGCUUACGCAGGUUUUGAUGGCUAAACUGUGUUUUUCAUAUACAUCCCUUCUGCUGCUGGUGUUCUGAAAUAGGAACUUAAAAUGAAGUAAAACUCAACUGAAGCACAAGUGCUAACUGCAGUUCCUUACCAUUCAGAAUCUCACACUAGAUUGUGUGAGGAGAAAAAUAAUUUAGACUAGUAGUAGUGUAAGUGAAGUUGUCUAAAACUGUUUUAUUUCAGUCAACACAGAUAUAUCAUCUAAAGCUUUAUGACCAAGGCGUUGGCAAGGAAAAUCUCAAAAUUUUACAAGCAUGGAACUUGAUGGUUCAUAUUUUAUCAACAUACAGUGUUUCAUUCAGACUUGUUUCACGACACUUCAAAGUACAGGUGUGACUGGAAAACCUGUUGACCCAAUUAUAUGGAAUCCAGUAAUUAAAACCGGGAUAGUUCGUAAAUCAGACAAGUAAGUCAAAAGGUGUGCAUAGGUAGUUCAGUGGAUAACUACGUGAGGAGGAGCAGGCUGUGUUGAAGGUUCUCUGCUUAGUACUCAAAAGUUACUCUAAGC